AUGCCUAAUUUAUUUAACAAGUGGACUUUAAGGUUUUAUGAUCCUUCUCAUGAAGCUUAAUUUUAAGAAAAACUCAAUAUAUAAAGACUGUAUUUCUUCAGAACUUUACUUGUUAUUGGCAUUCUUACAUGCUUUAUUGCCAUGAUUAUAUUCAUUGUCUAAAGUGCCUAAAUACAUAUCGUUAUUUUUAUGGCAAGUCUUACUAUAAUUCAUAUAAUUUUUCUAUUUUUUAGCCUGAAAUUAUAACCUUAUUUGAAGAAUAUAUUUACAUUAUUAUACGUUUCAUAUGUAGCUGCUGGAACUUUAAUAACUUAUGCAUAAGAUGAUGUGUAAAUAUUUAUUUUAAUAUAGACCCUUAUAUAAUUAUGGAUACUCUAGUUGUCUUUUAUAUUUAACAGUCUUAUAAUACAGUGAUGUUAAAUUUAAAGCUAUAUUCAUUUUCUCUACUUAAUGUAUUGUAUUAGGAGUAUUUGUCAAUUUUUAGUUUGAUUAAUUAUCUUACAUAGUAUUUUGCAUAUUAAUGAUGUUUUAAUAAGGAAUAAUUACAUAUUUGUUUGAAUAUACAUCAAGAUUAGAAUUUUCAUAGCUAUUUACAAUAAAAUCAUAAUAGUAUCAUAAUAUAUCUAUAUUAGAUAAAUUAUUUAUGAAUUUGUUUAAGAUCCAUUAUUUGCAAUAAGUUUUAAUAAGAAAAUAAAUAGUUUUGAACUUGAAUUUGUAAACAAAAAUUUUGAGUUAUACUAUUAAAAGGAUUAUAAUGGAAAUUAAUUUAAAGAGUUUUUGAGAACUUAUACAAUAGGAAUAAAAAUCUUAGAAAAUUCUAAUUGUUUAUGUUUAAAUCGAUCAAUUCAGAAAUAAUUAAAUUUAGAAGAAUAUUUAUUUGAUUUAAUAAAUAAUUAAAAAUUAAGAUAAGAUUAAAAAGUAAUAAGCAUAGAGGCUAUUGGUGAUAAAGGUAAAUUAAAUAUUGAGAUUGCAAGAUUUUAAUAUUAAAAAUCAAUAUUAAUAUUAAUUAUCCGCAAAAACUAGACCAAAUUAUAGAUAGAAAAAUAUGAAAAUAAUAUAAAAUUAUUUAAAGAAAAAUUUUAAUAAGUACUUAUGUUGAUUGGAAAUAAAUUAGAAGAAAAUUAUAAAUCAUUAUUAUAAUUAAAUGAUACUUUAUGUUUUGAUAAUUAUAUAUUGAGAUAAUAUUAUUGCAAUAUUGAGUUUUCAUUAAAUUACAUAAAGAAUCAUCUAAUUUAUUUGUAAAAAGGAAAGAUGUCUUUUUUAAAAUAAUAAAUUGAAGAAUUUACAAUAUAUAAAUUAAAUAGAGCUUUGUCUAAUUAUUUUAUUCAUUAUUGUUAUUAGCAUAAAAAAUAAUUUCAAUUAGAUUGUUCAUAUGAAGUAGAAUAACAAAUAAUUUAUUUAAAUACUAGAUUAUUAACAUAAUUAUUAAUAAAUUGUUUUAAUAAGAUUGUAAAGAUAUCUCAACAUCAGAGUAUUAUAUAAUUAAAAAUAGAUAAAAAAAUAAUAAAAAAUACCAAAUACAACUUAAAUCAAGAUUUACAAUUAAUAUCAUUUUCUUAUGUUUUUGAACAUAAAAAUUAUAUUGAUAAAAUGGAGUCUUAAUUUUCUCAAUCAAUAAUUUCAGAUUCAUAACAAUAAUUUGAAAUAGAAUGUAUUGUUAAUUAAAUAAUUUUGAAGAUUCUAAGCCCUUUUAAUAUUAUCUCAACCAAUUCACUUUAUUAACAAGAUAUAUAAAAUUAUCAAACAACAUUGAAAUUUUUAAUUUAUACCGAUUAAACUUAAUUGGAUCCAUCUUUUACUAAAUAUAUUUAAAACUAAAAUUUAGGUUAUUGA